GCAAAUCAUGAUCCCCCCUCCAUCAUAAUUACACUGACAUGCGCAAUCUGCGCAUCAGCAGCGGCGCGCGCGCGCAGCGUAUUUCACCGACCCCGCUGCCCAUGAAGGCUCCCAGUCUCUGCUCGUAGAUGAUCCGGCGGGAGGCUCAGCAUGUCCCGCCGAAAGCAAACCAAGCCUCAGCAGCUCCGCUCCGAGGAGGAGGAGGCGGAGGAGGACGGAGAGCAGAGCCGGUGCGCAGCGCGCUGCAGGACGGAAGUUGCUGGUGCAGCUGUGGAGACCGAUGCAGGACCCUGCAGUCGAGAGGAAACGCUAAUUUGUGCCAAAUGUUGCGCUCAGUUCUUCAGUUGGACUGAGCUGAGCAAACAUCAGAGAGUCUGCACCGAGGACCCCAUGGUGCUCAUCGUGACAGACAAUCCGCCCGAGGAGUCUACAGGAGAGCCCUCUCCGCUUCCCAGCGUAGCAUCCAGCGACUCCUCCACAGACGCUGUCUUCGAGCUGACCAACGACAGUCUGGAUCAUUUGGAAGAAAGCAGGGAUUGGGAUGAAGGUAUGGAGAUGGACGCUUCCUCACAGACCACCUCCAGCCCCCCUCCUCCAGACCCCACUGCGUCCACAUCCCCUCAGGCCUCUGCGGCCGGCAGCUACGGAAUGCCAAGCACCAACGUUACACUGGAGAUCCUCCACAGCACCAGGGUGGCUGUGGCCCAGUUCUCCCAGGGGAUCCAGAGCAACGGUCUGGGUGGAAAGGCAGCCUCGGCGGCUAUCCCAGUGAUUCUGGAACACCUGCUGGCUCUGCAGCAGCAACAGGUCCACCAGCUGCAGCUCAUUGAGCAGAUCUGCAGCCAGGUGGCCGUCAUGAAUCGGCAGCCAACACAAGCAGCGUUAAACCCGGUGUCCCGCUCAGUGGCUCUGGCCUCCAACCCAGGAAUCCCGCAGCCUCCCGUCCUGCCUCUGUUGGGAACCAUGCCUUCCUCCGUUAACGGACAGGCCGCCGCAUCUUUACCCUCAGUGCUGGAAAAGCCACAAAGUCUCCCCUCGCAGUCUUUCUGUGGAACGUCCGCGUUCACCUCUGUGUCAUCAGAAUCCUCCACCUCACCCCCCAACAUCUCCAAGCUGCUGCCUCCUUUCAGCGGCUCAAACAGCGCCUCCCAUCCUCUGACCCCCUCCCCCUCGCUGCCGUCACCACAGCCGAGUCUCCUCAGCUCAUCCUCCAGCCUGCCGUUUCUACCUCAGAGCCCGCCAAGCGGCGUCAUUUUCCCCAACCCGCUGGCCAGCAUAGCCGCCACGGCCAGCGCCAUCGACCCCCUGGUGGCCCUGAUGAAGCAGCGGAAAGGGAAACUUCCCGGCGUUUCUCUGUUUGAAACAAAGCCCAGCCCAGAAGAACCCUUCUUCAAGCAUAAAUGUCGGUUCUGUGCCAAAGUGUUUGGCAGCGACAGCGCUUUGCAGAUCCACCUGCGCUCCCAUACGGGGGAGCGGCCCUUCAAAUGCAACAUCUGCGGCAACCGCUUCUCCACCAAGGGAAACCUGAAAGUGCACUUCCAGAGACAUAAAGACAAGUAUCCUCAUGUCCAGAUGAACCCCUUCCCUGUGCCAGAGUAUCUGGACAAUGUGCCAACAAGCUCUGGGAUUCCCUACGGCAUGUCUGUUCCCCCAGAAAAACCCAUUUCUUCAUGGUUGGACAGCAAACCUCUUGUAGCAACCAUCCCUGCGACUUUAGAGCUCCCACUUUCCUCCAGUGUUCCCAGGAACGGAGGAUCUGGUGACCCGGUUAGUGUGGCGGCAUCGGUGAAGUCUCCCUACCACGCAGCUCCGGGUGAAAGUGUUUCUGAUCCACCGACCCACAAAGGCAGUGAGGCCAGUUUCUCUCCUGCCUCAGAGACUGAAGCCUCCAAAAUGCUGCAAACAGAUGAGGCCCAGCUGCCCCACAGCUGCACCCGGUCACAGAGGGGUAAUGCUGUCGACGAGACACCCAGCUGGGCCACCGAACCCCAAACCCCCACAUCCCCAGCCUCCCGCUCUCCACCCGUCUCCCACCUCACAGAUUCUCUGCAAACAUCUGAAACCUCCAAGCUACAGCAGCUGGUGGAGAACAUCGACAAGAAGAUCACAGACCCCAACCAGUGCGUCUUGUGCCGCCGCGUCCUCAGCUGUCAGAGUGCGCUCAGGAUGCACUACCGCGUCCACACCGGUGAGCGGCCUUUCAAGUGCAGGCUGUGCGGCCGUGCUUUCACCACCAAGGGGAACCUGAAGACGCACGUGGCGGUCCACAGAGAAAACCCUCCGCUUCAGCUGCAGCACUCGUGCCCCAUCUGUGAGGAGAAGUUCACCAACGCCAUGGCUCUGCAGCAGCAUGUCCGUCUGCACAUGGGGGGGCGGGUUUCCGAGGCGGACAACUGCGAGACUCUCAGCAGCAACAAGCACAUGGACGACAUCUCCAUGGAGGAUGAAGACGAGGACGAAGAGGAAGGAAAUGUAGAGGAUGAUGUUGAUCCAUCUAAACCUUUCAUCUCUGAAUGCAGAGCACCUCCAAACUGUGAAUCGUCAAGUGUAGCACCUCAGCAGAAUCAAAUAAGGAUGACAGAUGCCUCAGUCGGUCGGAACCCCAGCUUUGCUGUGAAACCCCUCAAAGCCGGAAACCUCCGGAGCGAUGAUGCCGUCUUAUACGAGGAAACUUUGGAGAAUGGCUGCAGAAACAGCCCUCAGGUGUCUGAAUCCUCCUGUUCUCCAUUUGCACCAACAUCUCCUCCUCAAAGCGUCUCUGAAGGCCUGGCUGUCAAACCCCCGACAGCUGCCAGCAAUGCGACAGAAACGCUAGAGCUUCUAUCCGCUGCUGUGAAGACGGAGCGGUCGCUGUCUCCAACAUCAGCACCAGCGUCCGCACAAGAUCCAAGCAAAGCCUUCGUGAAGGAGGAGAGUCCUUACAGAGUUUCGUUCCAGCUGAGCGGAGACAGAGCUGCUGAUGGGAGCGUCUCCAGCCCCAUUAUGUCUUCAUCCAGCUCUGUCAAAGCUGAGGGGACUGCGCAGGGUCAGCUGAACGGCGUGAUGGAAGCGCAGCAGCCACCUGCGUUUAGCGUGCACGUCCCUGCAGCGUACCCGACCGCCGGCAGCCCCGGUGUGACCUCUCUGCUCGGCCCGGCGCCUCCCAGACGAACGCAGAAACAGCACAACUGCAACGUCUGUGGGAAGAACUUCUCUUCAGCCAGCGCUCUGCAGAUCCAUGAGCGGACGCACACCGGAGAGAAACCAUUCGUCUGCUCCAUCUGCGGGAGAGCGUUCACCACCAAGGGCAACCUGAAGGUUCAUAUGGGAACCCACAUGUGGACCAACGCCCCGGCCAGGAGGGGGCGCCGGCUCUCCGUGGAGAACCCCAUGGCCCUGCUGGGAGGAGAGGCCCUGAAGUUUGGGGACGUGUUCCAGAAGGACCCGGCGACCCGAACUGUGAACGUAGAGCCUGGAUUCUGGAACCGUUACGCCACGGCGAUCACCAACAGCCUGGCCAUGAAGACCAACGAGAUCUCUGUGAUCCAGAACAGAAGCAUCACUCAGCUUCACCCUCUUACCGUCAUGAGCGCCGCCAGCGGCCAGAUACCCGGCCUAAACAAGACCCGAAUGGACCUGGGAAGCAACCGGCAUUUUACCAUGCUGAUUGACGAAGGAAAAGAAAUCGGAAUAAACUAAAGAAAAACCGGGAAAAAUCUUAUGCAAAUGAUUAUAAACAUUAAAGUAUUUGUAAAGCAUCUUUAAAUCAUGGUUUCAGAGAGCAGCAGGACAGGCUGCAGUCAUGGGGGAAAGUUUUCUACGCAGUAAAAAAGUUCAGGUUGUUCCUGACGAUCCCUUCAGAGCUGCACACUGCUGCUGCAGCUGGCUGCACACAAUCAAUCCAAACUCUAAACGAAACACCUGUUGUCCAUGUUCUAAAGAAACUGUCAUUUUCAGAAUCACAGCUGAAUAAAAACAUUAAAACUU